AUCGCGGCUGCAGCACCUGCGGAGCGCCGGGGGGCUGCGGGGGGGCGGUGGGGAGCCGGGCCCGGGCGGGCGGGUGAAGGCGCUGGCUGGCUCCCGCUGGGCCGCCUUCGCUUUGCUGCAGCCGGCGGGGGAAGAUGUCUCAGGAGAGGCCUAAGUUCUACCGGCAGGAGCUGAACAAGACCAUCUGGGAGGUGCCCGAGCGCUACCAGAACCUGUCCCCGGUCGGCUCCGGAGCCUAUGGGUCCGUGUGUGCUGCUUUUGACAAAAAAACAGGAUUACGUGUGGCAGUGAAGAAGUUAUCCAGACCAUUUCAGUCUAUCAUCCAUGCAAAAAGGACUUAUAGGGAGUUGCGAUUACUUAAGCAUAUGAAACAUGAAAAUGUGAUUGGCCUUUUAGAUGUUUUCACACCUGCAAAAUCUCUGGAGGAAUUCAAUGAUGUGUAUCUGGUGACACAUCUCAUGGGGGCGGAUCUGAACAAUAUUGUGAAAUGUCAAAAACUCACUGAUGACCAUGUACAAUUCCUUAUCUACCAGAUUCUCCGGGGCUUAAAGUAUAUUCAUUCAGCUGAUAUUAUACACAGAGACCUGAAACCUAGUAACUUAGCUGUGAAUGAAGACUGUGAGCUUAAGAUCCUAGAUUUUGGACUGGCCCGGCACACAGAUGAUGAAAUGACAGGCUAUGUGGCUACUAGGUGGUACAGGGCUCCUGAAAUCAUGCUGAACUGGAUGCAUUACAACCAAACAGUUGAUAUUUGGUCAGUAGGAUGCAUAAUGGCAGAGCUGUUGACUGGAAGGACACUGUUUCCGGGUACAGACCAUAUUAACCAGCUUCAGCAGAUCAUGCGCCUGACGGGGACACCCCCUGCCUAUCUCAUUAACAGGAUGCCCAGUCAUGAGGCAAGAAAUUAUAUUCAAUCUUUGACCCAGAUGCCGAAGAUGAACUUUGCAAAUGUAUUUAUUGGUGCCAAUCCAUUGGCUGUCGAUCUGCUGGAGAAGAUGCUUGUAUUGGACUCGGAUAAGAGAAUUACGGCAGCUCAAGCCCUUGCCCAUGGAUACUUUGCUCAGUACCAUGAUCCUGAUGAUGAACCAGUUGCAGACCCCUAUGACCAGUCCUUUGAAAGCAGGGAUCUCCUGAUAGAUGAAUGGAAAAGCCUGACCUAUGAUGAAGUUAUUAGCUUUGUGCCACCGCCACUCGACCAAGAAGAGAUGGAGUCCUGAAAACCUGGCCUCUGUUCUAUUGAUCGCAUGUCACUGUGAGCGAAAGGCCUUUUCAUGGGAACUCUCCAAAAUCAUUCAAGUGCCUCUUGUUGCAAAGAUUCUCCAUGGUGGAAGGGUGUGUGUGUGUAUGUGUGUGUGUGUGUGUGUGUGUGUGUGUGCGUGGCUGCCUGUAUAUGUGUAUGGUGAGCUGAGAGUGAGAGAAGAAUGAGGGAGCUAUUUAUAUGAUGAUUUUCUGUAAACAUGCUCACUGAAGCUCUUUGAUAGCCUCAACUUUAGUCCCUCUGGGGAAGAGUCCAUCCAUUCUUCUUGGUUGCCGUGUUGCUGGGAUGUGGUAGAUGUGAAGCCAAAAAACCCACAAACAUCCCAGAUCCUGGACUGACCUGUUACCACCAUUAUCUGGGCUCUUCUGUGAAACCACUGGAAAAAUGGUGGUGAUGAUUUCUUGCUCACCCAUAGCAUCCCUCUUAUGGCCUCAUAAAGACAAAGGGAUAGAGUUGUUUGCUUGGCGCAAGCCUUUUGCCUGAAAACCUGAAGCCUUUGUCAGAGCGUGUACAGCUGGAAGGACCAACUCAUGUUUAUGGACUAAAAUGCGGUAUGAUAGCCUAGUGUGGUCCUCACACGGUGCCAGGUUUGUGUGAAAUUGUAAAUAUGUUUGUGCCUUAUAUAUAAAGAGAGAAAAAACCAUCCGGGAAGUCAAGGGAACCUAGCAGACUGGUGUUUCUGAGCCACUCACAGGGAGGGAGUUUCAGGGUGGCCAUGUGUAUAUGAAUCCAUUUUAAUAGAUGAGCCUUCAGAGUCAGCUUCGUGUCUGCAUGCGUGCGUGUGCGUGUGUGCGUGUGCGUGCAAGCGAGCAAACGUGUCUCUCUUCCUGUAUUCAGUAUUGCCAUUUCUCUCUGCUCCUUCUCACCUUUGGCCCGAGGCCUCCCACAUAUUGGCCCCAGGAGACGAACUCAGGUUCUAAUCUGUGUUCAUCCUGUGUGGUCUUUAUUCCUAAGCCAGGUGCGGGGGGGAUGUGCAUGUCUUACUUUGUGUGCAUGCGGAGCUGCUUGUCAAGUCCCUGGGACAGUGGGGAGAGGCCCCGGUACAGAGCAGGCUGGGCAGUGAAGAGUUGGACAGUCCAAUUCAGACCCCCUUUCACCUUAGCUGAUGCAGCAGGAAGAGUCUUGCCAGCCUCCCAGCACUAUUCAAUAUGAAUAUACUGGAUAUUAUCCUAGGUGCUUUUGAUGUGAAAACAAUGAAGAAAUGGGACUACUCGGGGUUUUCUUUGUCAUCAUGGUUUUCAAAGAAACCCUUUUCUGGGCUCUGAUGGUCAGGACUUUUCCCAGGAUCAUCUCAGACUUCGGAAAAUUGGGCGUUCUAUUCACACUCCCACUAACUCAUAGAAAUACUGAAGAUCAAAACAGAGAAUAAAAGUGCAUGAGGCUAGAAACCCUUUUUCUUUUUUGUCUCUAAAUUCAGAGAAAUUUAUUGAGGUGUCUUUCUAUCCCUUGAGAAGGAUCUAUCGGCAGCUUGACAUUCUCUCCUGGAGGAAUAGGGGAAAGAAGAAACAAAUUUCGUUUCAGUAUUGUCUAUGUUGCAGGGAUCCUUUGGGAAGAUGAUUACUGUUUUUAGUGGGGAAGAAGGGCAGAUUAUUUCAGUAUGUUGUAUAUUCAGCUUUCUCCAUCUGAAAUUUCCUCCUUACUGGUAUGAGGAAGAAUUGUUUUCAGAGUUUUGGAGAUUUUAUGCAUCUUGUGUUAAUUAUGGGCCCACACACUCAAGGCUUUUCUUCUGCAUGCAGAGAAUGGGAGUCAGCUGAGUUGGAAGAGGUUGUUUAAGUUCAUCUGUCUCAGUAAAGUGGAAUGCAGCCUAGAGGCUUAUAAGAGAAUCAGUCACCUCUGAGUGACUGAGAGCUGGAAAAAGACAGCUUCUCAAGGCUUCCCACACACUUCCUAGAGGAAGUUAACUAAAGAUGCCCUCCCUACUCUCUUGGAUAUGCAGGUCAGCUCCUCACAGAGAAAUGUAAAUAUCUCCUCUGUACCCACAGCAAGAUGAAUUUUAUUAGCCAUAUUUGGUGCAAAUGUUAGUGUAAUUUCCUACAGAGUACUGCUCAGAUUUUUUUUUUAAAUUAAGGUUUCUGCAUGUGUGCCCACAUGUGGUGAGAGACUGACUGCAUGACCCAGAAGCCUGGACUUUAACUGGACCUUGCUGGAGAGCUCCUUGGUUUCUGAGCAUCAUUGCUCCCAUCUCCCAAGCCCUCAGAAGAACAUAGCCUGGGGUAACAGAACAAGGGAGAGACUACUUUUAUUUGUAUCCAUGAACUUUUGCUGUAAUCAGUUCCACCAUAUAGGAUGUCACACAAUACCACUGGUUAAAAUAAAGCCUAUUUUUCAAGUUUA